GACGGCCGGUUAAUGAAAUUUGUGGAGGGAGAGAAAAAAAAGAGAGAAGACUCGUCUGUUCUCUGCACAUGCGCGGAGGCAAGCCAAUUAACUUAGACCCGUACACCUUCUCUCAUAAAUUAUUCAGCCAUUUAAUAAUGCAUGGGCCGCACUAUAGGAUGGUACCUACGCUUUGCCUGGCGUUUCCAAUCGGAUAAAGACAGAAACGCGAGAGCCUGGGAGAGCCGCGCCGUGUGGUUGCCGCGUUGUGGAUGGUUUUCGCACCGCCUUUUUUGUAUCCCCCUCCCGUCCGUAGGAUGGAGUCACCGUGCCGGGAACCUUGGACAUAAGAGUCACGAUCGGGGGAAAAAAACAAAAACAAACCGCGGCAGCUGUGUGAGGAAAGCACCUAAGGAAGCUGGCGGAAAUACGCGAAAAUGCCCGGAUCCAGAAAGGGUUUAAUAGCCCCACAGAACACCUUUCUGGAAAAUAUCAUCCGCAGAUCCAACGGAACACAUAGCAGCUUCUUGUUGGCAAAUGCUUCUAUCGUGGACUGGCCUAUAGUGUACUGCAAUGAAGGCUUCUCCAAACUGUCCGGAUAUUCUCGUGCUGAGGUCAUGCAGAAGAGCUGCACGUGCAGAUUUAUGCACGGAGAACUCACGGACAAGGAAACCGUCAAAAAGAUCGAGGAGACGUUGGAGGUUCAGGACACCGCACAAGUGGAAAUUCUCAUGUACAAGAAAAACAGAACGCCACUAUGGUUUCUGCUCCACGUGGCCCCCAUCAAAAACGAAAAGGACAAGGUGGUCCUGUUCCUCUGUACCUUCAAGGAUAUUACUCUUCUGAAGCAACCAAUAGACGACGCCGAGGCCAACGCCGCCCCCGCAGGAAUGAGCAAGUUCGCUCGCCUGGCGAGGUCAGUGACCCGCAGCAGGUCUGUCCUGGUCCAGUUCUCCUCCACUGUCCCCAAACAAGCAGACAUGGGCAAACAGUCCAACUUGUCACACCGGUUUAGCUUGCGGAGGCUGUCCAGAAGACCGUCUGAGCAGCCAUAUUGGCAGAUACUGAACCUGAAUGCGGACGUGCUCCCCAAGUAUAAGCAGGAGACGCCGAAGACUCCACCCCACAUCAUUCUCCACUACUCCACCUUCAAGGCCGGCUGGGACUGGGUCAUCCUCAUCCUGACGUUCUACACCGCCAUCAUGGUGCCCUACAACGUGGCCUUCAAGCUGAAGGACAGGGAGAACAUCCCGCUGCUGGUCACCGACAGCAUCGUGGACAUCGUGUUCCUCAUCGACAUCGUGCUCAACUUUCACACCACUUUUGUGGGGCCUGGUGGAGAGGUUGUCUCCGACCCCAAAAUCAUCCGUAUGAACUACCUGAAAAGCUGGUUCGUCAUAGAUCUCCUUUCAUGCCUGCCGUAUGACGUCAUAAACGCCUUUGAUAAUGUAGAUCCGAGCAUCAGUAGUCUGUUCAGUUCGCUGAAAGUGGUCCGGCUGCUGAGGUUAGGCAGAGUCGUGCGGAAGCUGGACCACUACAUCGAGUACGGAGCAGCCGUGCUGGUGCUUCUGGUCUGCGUGUUUGCUCUCUUCGCUCAUUGGUUUGCGUGCGUUUGGUACACGAUUGGAGACGCCGAACUCCAAUCUAACGUGACGUAUGGUUGGCUGAACGAGCUGUCACUGGUGACCAAUCAGAGGUUCGUGCGGAAUAACGCCACGGGCCUGUACAUCCUGGGCCCGCCGAAACACUCCCUCUACAUCACGUCGCUCUACUUCACCAUGAGCAGUCUGACGUCGGUCGGCUUCGGGAACGUUUCCGCCAACACCGACGGGGAGAAGAUAUUCUCUGUCGCCAUGAUGAUGAUAGGAUCACUGCUCUAUGCCACCAUCUUUGGUAACGUCACAACCAUCUUUCAACAAAUGUACUCAGCAACCAAUAGGUACCAUGAGAUGCUAAACCAGGUUCGAGAGUUUAUGAAGAUUUACCAGGUUCCAAAAGGACUGAGUGAGAGGGUCCUAGAUUACAUUGUCUCUUCCUGGUCGAUGAGCAAGGGCAUCGACACACAGAAGGUGCUUGAAAUCUGCCCUAAGGACAUCAAGGCGGACAUCUGUGUCCACCUGAACAGGAAAGUGUUCAAUGAGCACCCGGCGUUCCGGCUGGCGAGUGACGGGUGUCUGCGUGCCCUGGCCAUGCAGUUUACCACCAGCCACUCCGCGCCGGGAGACCUGCUCUUCCACUCCGGGGAGAGCAUCGACGCACUCUGCUUCAUUGUAUCGGGGUCACUGGAGGUCAUCCAGGACGACGAGGUUGUUGCAAUCCUUGGCAAAGGCGACGUUUUCGGGGAUAACUUCUGGAAGGAGCCUACGCUAGGCCAGUCAUGCGCAAACGUGCGCGCACUUACCUACUGCGACUUACACGUCAUCAAGCGCGACGGACUCAUGCAAGUGCUGGAAUUCUACACGGCCUUCGCAAACUCGUUUUCCAGAAACCUCGUGCUCACUUACAACCUCAGACACAGGCUCGUGUUUAGAAAGAUUGCGGAUGUAAAACGCGAAAGGGAGGAGAUGGAGAGGCGAAAGAAUGAGCCUCCUCUGGAUCUGCCAUCCAAUCACCCCGUUAGGAAGCUAUUCUCCAGGUUCAGGAAAGGCCUUGGUGACGUACAGGAAAAACCCAACGAAGACAUAGAGAGGGCCGACAGUGGUGAAGACAGCGAAGGAAAAAGUAACGACGCUCGGCCUAAUACCAGAGUCAUCAAGGUGACCGAAGGCAACAAUUCAAUAGAUGGGUUACCGCGUCCCUCUAGCAGUAACAACAACCAGAAUCCACCACAUAAUGGUGAGAGGGACAAAAUGUCCGGCGGCAAAGUCAGUGCCUGGGGCAAGUCAUCCAAAACUCCCAACGGGGAGACAGGGAAACAAAAGCAAGGCGACAGCAGCCGGCAAAACACCCUGAGGGUGCAGACUGAGCAGAAGCACAAGGGUAGCAUGUGGAGCAGGAUGAAGCGUGGAGAGUCGUCGUCUACCGAGGCGGCGGACAAGCGCGCGCAUUCAGCGGGAAACAACCACACCACCAAUCUGAGGAAAACGGACUCGACGGACAGCGGGAUUUUACGCAGUGACUUGAAGCUGGACACGUUAGUAGACUCUCCCUCCGCGGAGAGGAUAGCACUGUCUCCAAACGCGUCUCCAGAGAAACUCAUUCAGUGCCUGUGUGGAAUCAGGCAGGAGCUGAGGAACGAAGUGGAGUGUCUCAAUAUCAAAAUGGCAAAAAUAGACGAAAAGAUCCAGGACAUCCUGAGGUGGAUGACCGUUGACAACUCUAGUAACUCUGGUCCCUCACCAGAAGGGAACGGUUCGUCUAGAACAAACACAAAUGUACCCAAUGUACCAAAGAGGACUAUAGUAACUGCAGAGAUUUCUCCCAUUAACGAGAAAAUGUCCUCGCCCGAAAGGAGGUUUUCAGAGAGCGGAACUGCUCCCAGGUCUCCCAACGAGCUGUCCCUGCCCUACACGGACGAGAGCGGGAGGCGGCACUCGGCUUCCUCCCUCGUGCCCGGCGCUGGCGGGCGGGGAGACGAGACAGAUCAACCCCCUGAGAGACCAAGGAGCGGUUCGUCGCCAUCCGUUACCCCCGAGGUUAGGGUCAACCUGCCCGAACCGAGAGUUGUGAUCUCUGCGCCUGGGGAGGAGACGCCGAGGUCGGGGUCGCCCGUUCCCACGAUGUCCCUGGAUAGGGACUUCGUAAGGGCGGGCAUCCGGGACUUCAGUAGGAGCGGCGGCAGUGAGGCCGACUGCCCCACCAUAGCAGAGAACAAGGACGACAUGGACAUCAAGCUGUAGACGACAAUGCGAAUCAUGCAGCUGCGAAUCGAGGACUUGGUUUGUACCGAGUUGAACUCAUCACAAGUGUUUAUAAUUCCUCGCCAGACGUGAGGCUAUAUGCGGACACACUUGUUGGCGAAUGUGCCUAUGGAUAGUUUCCUUGGCAGGAAAAAGCCAAGAAUCCACAAAAAACGAUCGUUGGAAGGCCAAGAGGAUUUUAUCUCACUCAUUUCCUAUUCCUGAUGAAGAGAAGGCCUAGAGUAGUUAAUGUGGAAUUAUAGAUUUUAUUGAUCCGUAAAACGACACUAUGGAGGGGAACUGAAGCAGGAAACCUGACCGUGACAAUGACAAUACGAGACCGUGUGUGUUGAACAGACUAAAAGCUAUGGAAAACUAAAAAUGGGCCACUCGGACAAAAAAAUUUUGAAGGAUGCUACAAACAGAGAAGUGCUUCGAGACACUGUUAUAAGUUGCCGUACGUGAUACAUACAACUAUAUAUGAACACCUGAUGAUACAAGCAAUACAAAAGUCUUGCCGUUCUGCUGGGAAUGGUGGAGGGUGUAUGUGUUCCUGUGUUCCCGUGUAGGCACGUGUUCUACAUGCUACACGCCAUGAUCCACUCAGUAGGUAGCCAUCCAAUAGACCUAUGGCAGGGGCGUCUGUUUACGUCAACAAGAAAACAAAGUUCAUUACAAAAAUGUCUAGCAAGGAAAGAGGCGGUCGAAGACCUUUAAAUUUAUGCCUGUAUGAUAGGCAUGGCAUCAUUUCUUGACAUGUUGUCUUCCCUUGGACAGAGAUCAUUAGAAAUUUGUAGAAAAUCAUUGGGAAAAAAUCAUUCGAAAUUUUUUGAAUUCCUAUAAAAUCGUACGAAAUUUCUAGAAAAUCAUUCGAAAUUUCUAGAAAAUCAUUGGGAAAAUAUUCGAAAUUUUUCGAAAUUCCUAGAAAAUCCUUCGAAAUUCCUAGAAAAUCCUUCGACAUUUCUAGAAAUCCAUUCGAAAUUUCUAGAAAAAUGAUUUUCUCUUGUGCCUCCUGCCACAUGUAUUGUUGGAGCAUACCUCUCGGUGUAUCGUGUUGACUGCUGGGCCAUUUUGCACACAGCAGACAAACUUCUGAAGAAUAUACUGAUAAAGGUAGUAUAUUACAAAACCAUGUGACGUCUCCAAUAUGUAUGCCACAGGCUCUUGCAGUUUUAUCACUAACAAACAGUGCCGUGGUUAGGGAUGUCUUUCCAACAGCCUGUAACAAGUACAGGUAUAUACACUAAGUGAGAAGUUUUACAGUACAUGCAUAUGCCGACUAUAACUUACAGAAAUCACUUCAGAAAUACUAGGAAAACUGCACCUGAGCGUACUACAGAUAUCAUUUUGCAAACUGUUCAGUGACUCCAUAUUAAGAUCUAGGUUGGCAUUAUAUUUCACAUGACGUUAAAUUUGCGAAAGAAAUUAUUAGGCUCUUGACAUUAUUCAACUAAAAUGAAAAUGAAAAUGUAGUAGUCAAAAUGAUUGUAUGAUUUUGCCCCAAAGUUGAAAACGUUACAAAUUAUUUAUAUAUACCGAUGGUCAAAAGGUGGGCCAAAUCAAGUCAGUAUAAUGUAUCCUGGUCCAUUCGUCCUUUCAAAAAAGAGAAGCCUGCAGUAUCCCAGUCUAUACAUACAUCGCCCUUCGAAACUGGCAAGUUUUAUUUCUUGUUUAGCAUGAGGAACUAGGUAUCGCAUCAAAAAGUAAGCGUCAUUGCAUACUGACAAUUUUGGUGACGCCACAGGGGCGGGUCUGCUUUGGUGAUGUUUCUUUCCACGCGUUGCUACACAAAACAUAUGCAAUCGUACUGACAGUGACUGUUACGGACUAUUACGUCUCGCCUUAUUUCCAAUGUGCACUUGAUCAACGAAUUGAUGAUCUUGACGAAAAUUAGCUCAGAGGAACACUCUUUUUGUAUUAUAACAUGGCGUCCACAAGUAAUUCCAAAUCAUCUGUAUAUUAGACCACAAAUGCAUAUUUGUUAUGAUGACGAAGCUGUCCAUAUGUGGAUUAUAUUUAUCAUAAUUGUGCUUGUGUGCUUAAUAGCUGCUAAAAUUGUUUCUUUUGGAGUUCACUUCUUGUAAUUCUUUUAUUCCUUGUAAUACAUUUAGGAAUUACAACGAAUCCAAAAUAUGACACUAGGAUACUGAGAGCUCCAAAGGCAUUAUGAGUAUGAGAAAUGUGUCUGUCAAUGUUAUAGUCUGACUGACGAUGUUAAUCUCAUUAUUGUACGUUGUAUUUUUGUUUUUGUUGAUUUUUCUGAGCCAGUAGCCACUUUAUAUCAGUCUGGAAGACGAAAGGAUUUUCAUAGCUUACUACGGUGAGUGAUAAAAAAAGGAAACUGUGACAUCAUUUUUCACAUAACUGCUGCGAGGUGUGUGUAAACGUCACGGGAAUGUGUUCUGACGUCACAGUAAGGUGUGCUGACGUCACAGCCCCAUGUGUUGGCCUAAGGAACCAAACCCCUGAUUUUCACGGAUUUGGUCUUUAUCAUAAUUUAUACAUUUGUAGGCACUGUUCUGGAGAGCCGUUGGGCGUUCUUUUAGCCUAUAUAUCGCCGAUCGGCUGUUUUUUAUAAUCAAAGUAUGGUUACAAGUUACGACUACUUCUAAAUCGAAGCUGUAGUCGCGGCACAAUAUUCAUACUUCUGUAAAGAGGAAUCAGUUGUACAUUUGCUGGCAAAUCGAAAAAAAGUUUCUUAUAUGAUCUGCAUAUUAUCAUCAGACUAAGUAAGAGAAAUAUCUCAGUUUUUGAGAGCGAUUAGAGGAAGCAAUAUUCACAUACAAGUUUCCGAUGAGUCAGAUGACAAAUUUUGUAUAGAUGAGAUAUAUCUAUAUAUAUCUAUAUAUAAAUAAAUUACGAUUAGAUAGAUAGAAUCCGAAGCUUGAGAAAAAGGCAAGAAGUUGUCACGAAGACCACGUGGUUGGAUUGAGUAAAAUAGAGUACCAUUUAUUAUAUUCAUGAAUACCAUGAAUUUAUAGUAAGGUAACGGCUGAGAAAGUCUCUUAUUGCCCUUCUUUCGGUUGGUCAGUUGCAAUUUAUUUUGUAUUGCGUUAUCACGAAUAUUUGUUUUGGCAAUAUAUGUAUUUCUUGUACAUGUACGUAUACAUGCGAGAGGACCGCAAGUAGCAUUGGACUUCCAAAAAAUUGAGAACGAUCGACACAGUUCUAAUAGUCGUUACGAUUCGGACCAAAAGAGUGGAACAUAAUUAUGUUUUGUAUAUCCAUAAACAUUUUGAUAUUUUCCCAGUUUAUAUUUCCUGCUAACUUGCGCGGUAUUAAAUCCACGACUUCGAAUCGUGGAAUAUCCAAGAUGCGUCGGUGUCUUAGCCUGAUAUUUCUAACAAUGUCCACAUCAUAAUGAAAAAAAAAAGUACAGGUCAUUCUUUGGCCCAAAGAAUGGCGCAUAUCUCUCCUGAAACCGUUCUAUACCUGUGAAGAUGUAUUUUGCAUGGCUUAGUUAGCGCACAAGAGAUGUGAGGACAGCCCAUCUA